UUUCUACACUUAUUAUGUAACAAUUAAUUGUCAAGUGUUUUGAUCUUCGUAUUGGCGUUCUUCGUCUUUUGUAAUAUAUCGAAGAGCUUUGUAUUGAGCCAAUUGUGUUUUUUUGUUUCCUUUCUAUACAUUAUCCAAUACUAUAUGUUGUCGCAAUAUACGAUUAUGUAACUAAUAAUCAGUUCGUAUUGCUAAUCGUUAUAGUUUACAUCAGAGAAGUUUGAACGUACGUACGAAGUCAUGGGUGGUGCAACGAAGAUGACGUACGAAUAUUACGGAAUUGACAAGUAUCUAUAUGCUUUUGGGCUUAGCGUAAACCCCGUUUAUCGAGGGUACGGAUUAGGCAAGGAUAUUCUGAAAACCAGGGAUCUUCUCGGACCUAAGUACGGAAUACCAGUGACAUCCACUGUGUUUACGUCGAUAAUUUCGCAGAAGAUAGCGGCGGAUGUGGGAUUUGAAGAACUCUUUACGAAAAAAUACGCCGAUUUCGUGGACGAAAAUGGAAAGGAAUAUUUCCCCGGUAUUAAGUCCAAAGAGCUUAAAGUCAUGGCUAAAAAAUUUCUCUAAUAAGGUCUAAUGGACAUGGUGGUACUCAAGAAUUGCGAGAUUCACUUGAUUUUGUAACUUGGAGUAAGUUUUACACUUUCGUACGUUACUGUCGAAAAUUGCUUAAUAUUCCUCAACGUUAAAAUAAUUACUGUGAUUGGAAUGAAUAACAACAGAGGCUACAUUAUUAUUGGCUUUCUAUAGAAACGUAAGCAGAUGUAAUUUUCGUUCCGAACAUGCAUCGACGGUGUAGAUAUGCACUCGAAAUAUAUACGUAUUAAAAAUGAUUAACCUUUCAAAUCAUAAUUCGCGGAACAUUUAAAUAGAUUAUAAUCUAUUUUCCGAAAAAAUCUUUUUAAGAAUAAGCUUUUAUAAAGCUUUUAAGUUGAUUUGUUCUUUCUUUAAUUACCUUUAACAAAAUAAAACAAUUGCAAAUAAA